GCAGCGGUCGCGGCUUCAGUCUAGCCUACCCGGCCGCCGGGCGGGAGCAGGGCGAGAGGAGCCGCAGCUCCGCGCCGCCGCUGCGCUCGGGGGCCCUGAACCCGCCCGGCUGCCGCUUCCUGCCGCUCUUCCUCUGCGGUGAGGAGGGCGCACCGGCGUCAGAGCCGAGAGGGCCAGGCAGGGUCGCGCGCAUGGCCUCGGCGGGCGCGCGGCGGCUCCCGGCCCGGACGCGCGCGGCGGCCCAGCGCUGCUGGGGCCUCCCGCUCCGCCCUCCGCGACCGCCGCGACCACUGAGAUCUCUGAUGUCCUGCAGCCUCCUCUUGCCCCGGGCUGCACAGGUCUUGGCGGCUGAGGCUGGCUUACCUCCCAAACGUUCCUUCAUGGGCUUUGCUGCCCCCUUCACCAACAAGCGAAAGGCUUACUCCGAGCGUAGGAUCAUGGGGUACUCAAUGCAGGAGAUGUAUGAGGUAGUGUCCAAUGUCCAGGAGUAUCGUGAGUUUGUGCCCUGGUGUAAGAAGUCUUUGGUGGUAUCCAGCCGCAAAGGUCACCUGAAGGCCCAGUUGGAGGUUGGCUUUCCACCUGUUGUGGAACGUUAUACCUCUGCUGUCUCCAUGGUCAAACCUCACAUGGUCAAGGCUGUUUGCACUGACGGCAAGCUCUUCAACCACUUAGAGACCAUUUGGCGAUUCAGCCCUGGUAUUCCUGCCUACCCCCGAACUUGCACUGUAGACUUUUCGAUUUCCUUUGAGUUUCGUUCUCUGCUGCACUCCAAGCUGGCCGCCAUGUUUUUUGAUGAGGUUGUCAAACAGAAUGUCGCUGCCUUUGAGCGCCGGGCAGCCACCAAGUUUGGUCCAGAAACAGCCGUCCCCCGUGAACUGAUGUUCCAUGAGGUGCACCAGACUUAAGGCAAAGGAGUAUUCCCUAGCCUCUCCUCUACUCUCCCUCCCCACCCAAUUUUCUUAUUUAUUUCAUUUGGCUCCUGCUCCAAUCUGCGAGAAGAGUCUAUGUUCACAAUGCUGUUCUCCCUUUCAAUUCCCCAGAAACUGGCCUCUAAGCUGGCAGGAAAUGCUGGGGGUAUGGAAAGGAGACAUGCCUAGGAAAGGGUCAGGCUCAUCUUGAGAGCCCCACAUGCCUGAUGCCUGCCGCCUUCUCACACUGAAUUAUAAUCAGGACUGUGUGGUUGUCUCUGGGCCCAGUCAAGGUGCCUUAGUGUCUGACCAGGGGAAGAUAGCAACUUUUCUAAGGAUUGAAUAAACUGAGCUUUUUCCUCUAACUUAGAGGUACUGGGUAGUCAAUAACUUUUGCCUGCGUAAGAUGUCUGAGAUCUGGCCCAAGCUUGAAGUCCAUAUAACCUCACUUUAAGACUAUUUCCAUGCUGCCUGGCUGGUGGAGCAAGGGGCUUUCUUACCAUCAGUGCCAUAGGGCAAGGAGAAAACAACAAACAGAGUUGUACUCUUGAGUUGUACCUUAUUCUUCCACUUGGCUUGAAUUUUUAUAAAAUUUCAAUAAAUUGUGACAGUGUGAAUUUGGCUAUUUUAUAUUGUUUCUUGGGGGAAUAAUGUAGAUAUAGCAGAGUAGAAGAAAGUCAUGGCUUCCUUCCCUAGGGGAGUGAAGGUGCAAGAAGGCCUUCUGGACAUAGUGUCCCUGCUAACUAUAGUAGCACAUUCUACAAGCCAAGACCUAGUACCCACUCCCUUGCCUAUUUAUAGACUUUUUCAGAAGGUCAGUUGCAGCAGGAGUCUCAGGAAAGAAUAAUCUGGUUUCAGACCUCCCAUAUAACUGAUGCUCUCAGGACCUUAUUUUGGGGGCCUGCUUAAAGGAGGCUGCAAAGAACGGGCAUUCCACAGAGUACCAGAGCCCUCUAGUGGCUCAGGUCCGGAGCGAGCAGUCCUCCCCUAUUUGUCCUUGAUUUAGUUUGUUCCUUUCACCAGUGGGGUGGACCAGUUUCCUUAGAUUACUCACAUAAGCAGUUGUGAGGUCUCAGCUAUCAGCUUGAGUGUUGUUCCUUACAACAAAAUUAGGAAGGAUGGGGGGGCUCAAGGUCAAGGACUUAUCACCUUGAGGAAAGACAGACAUCUCCUUUGGAAAUUUCACAGGGAUCCUGUCUUCUGAUUAGGGUAAAUGAAUGCCAACCCGCCUAACGAUAAAGGGAUGCACAGGAUAAUUUAUAACCCACUAAGUCCAGGAUCUUUAGCUAGAUUCCGUAUCUCAUAAUAGAGAUUCUUCCAGGCUUUAUUUAAUAGUGGGCUCAAGCAUUGUUAAUAAAAACAUUUAUUUUGCAUUUUAUACAGAACAACCUGAAGUCUGCAUCAAGACUUGACAGUUACCCAGGGGUAUACAGUGUGUCCAUCUCAACAGCGUGGUUCUGGGGAUUAGGGAUCCACACAAACACAGGCAGGAGUUGCAAGAGAGGAAGGGGGCACAGCAGGAGUGUAUUUCAAUCCUUUCUCAAAGAAAAGGCAGUAGAGCAUUCUGAGUCACUGAAAACCUGUGCAAAUGGGGCUUCGAAAAUAAACACUGUACUGUGAACUCUUGCAGAAGUGGCGGGAAAAGGACCUUGAUAAAUAAAGGGAUAUUUUCCUGUGGCAGGGGAUAAGGAGGGGGACCUACUAUUUUUAAUGCCCUCAGCCCCAGGACUUGAUAUUCAAAGGAGAUCAUGUCCAAUCUUAAAUCAUAUGCCUGCUCAGAAAGAGGUGCUAUACCCCUGGGACCAGACCAUGAGGAUAUCAUGCUGGUCAUUCCUAAGACCCUUAUUCUAUGGCCCACAGCACAAAGCACAUUAAAAUAAAGGAGGGAAAAAAUGGUCAGAGGGUAGUGGCUUGUGUUCUGUGGAAGUAAAAAGCUGAGUUCAUGUUAAGCACUGAUAAAGCCAAAUGACUGGGAAAGACCACAGAUCACACAGUGGUUAUAUACAACCUGCUGAAAGAUGUCUCUACUAGGGACCAAGGGGGGUAGGUCCAGAGCCUCCUCACAGCAGGUACAGAAAAUCUGGAAGGAGGUGAGUAUUAAAGUAGUAGGGAACAGAACACUCCCAGAUCUUAAUAUACAUGGGAUAAUUAAAAAAAAAAAAAAAAAAUCAAA